AACUAUGCAGCAGAGAAAGGGUUAAUGGGCGGCAUGCCUAUCCCUCCUCGCUCUCCUUCUCCCCAAACACACACAAGGCAGUUUAUAUCACUCUCUUGCAUCAUUUUGUAACCCCAGACCUGGUAAUCUCUGGUCGGAAACAUGAAAAAAUGUUUACAGUAUUGUCCUUCCCCCAGCUAGGAAGUAAGUAAAUAUCUGCUUAAAAAGAAUACGUUCACAUGCCUAAUGACUCAGAUCUAGGAUGGUGGGGGUCAAAAAAAGUUAUUACUCAGAGAAAAUCAGUGGUGUUAAGGGUUAAAGACCAAAGAGUAUAAAUUUGUCUCCUCUUCUUCAUUUUGUCAUUAGAAGCAGGUAGCUUCUGAGCAUAGGAUCUUCUACUACUAGAUAGGUGACUUAUAGUAAUCAGAACUUUUAUUUAUUUAUUUUAAAUUAAGAUUUUUUUUUUUGAUAACUGGAUUAAUACAUUUUUUCAAUUUGUACUAUUUAUCUAAAUAUUUUAUUUAUCCGGGAAAAUUAUUUCACAGCAAAAACUUUUUAUUGCAAAGAAGAUGCUAAGAAGACAGCCUAUCAUUUUUACCCAGAGGUCUGCAGGAGUAAGACUGUGCUUAUUGGUCCUGGCACUAUGUAGUUCUGGUAGGGUGCUAGCCAGUCCUAUUAGAGAUACUAAUCCCCUUUUGGGGUACUCAGACCAGGUACGACUAAGACAUCUCUAUACAGAUAAUGAGCAUACUAACCAACAUCUUCAGAUCACUUCAGAGGGAGAAGUCAGCGGGACCACAGACAAAAAUGUAUACAGCAUACUGGAAAUCAAGGCAGUGAAGCCCGGCAUCUUGGUGAUUCGGGGAAUGAAAAGCACUCGCUACCUUUGCAUGGACUCCAGGCACCACUUAUAUGGAUCUACCAUUUAUAAAGAAGAUGAAUGUAACUUCCGAGAAGUGCCGGUAGCAGACGGAUAUAAUUUCUAUUUCUCUGAGAAAUAUCCUGCUCAGCUCACUCUUUCACCUCCCAGAGGAGGCCACCCUUCAGGAGGAAAGAUGGCACGGUUUAUGCCACUUGAAAACACAAUACCCUUGGAGGACCUCCAUGCUGUAGACCAUUCCUACGAACACCAACCAGGAAGCUACUUAGAUGAAGAUCCUUUUCGAAUGAUCGAUCCAUCGAUCAUCUUCAGCCCAAGUCUUGACUCAAAAAGAUAGACAUGUAGAAAGGUGUAUUUAUUUGAGACUGUUUUUAGCUUUGGUUCAUGGGCAAAGCAAAGCUUCAUGACUUAGCACUUUUCUUAACCAUUUUCGGUGGAAAUAGCGUAAUUUUUAAGGGCUUAUAUGUGAAGAAAGGACAUCCGCUUUAUAAAGCAGCAUACUAUGUAUACAUGCACAUGUAAACGAUUUAAUAGAUUACAACCUGCUAUUUAUAGGCAGUAGUAAAGAACUUAAUUGUACAAAACAGGUCAACACUUCAAAGGUCAAGGAAGACUCAGCAUAGUAACUGGAAAACAAAUGAAAUGUCAAAGUACACAAAGACCAUUAAUAUAUGAAAAACACAUUUUCAUUUGAUUUUUAGCGCACUUAUUAUACACUGGAGGCAGUCUCUGCAAAUUCCACCUAAGUUACAUUGUUUCAUGUGUCUACUCAGUACUGGACCGAAGCAAAACAAUAACUGGUUUCAUGGCUAAGGCCAUGGGUCAAAUUUUUGAAAGAAUUUUCUUUUGAAAAUCUUAGCUAAGAAUUUCUGUUCGAAUUUCGCACCA